AUGUCCCUCCCCAGCCCACCUUCGACGCGAGGCGCAGGAAGCCCGCCUCCCUCCUCGCACUCGUAUCACGCCUCCUCCACCGCCACGACCACCAUAGCAGCGUCAAACGGCCCCCCCGGUAGUGGCGGCGGCGGUGCAACAGACAACCUUCACAGUCCCAACGAGGCAGCGACGAAGCUCGCCGAGGCGAUCGACGAUUUCCUGGGCGACCUGGAGAAGAAGUUCAAGGGCAUCAGCGACGAGAUCCUCACAAAGCUGGACGACAUGGCCGAGCGGUGUGACCGGCUCGAGCAGGAGAUGCUGUUGAGGGACGCGAGCGCCAUGGAGAACGUCAGCGGUGGGAAGGCAGGGAGUACGGCCGGGUCGAGCUGA